AUGAUGCGGACGUUGCAGGUGGUUAUUACAGUUUUCGUCUGUCCGUCCAUCGUUUUCGCGAACCACACGACCCCAUCGGAUAGUCGUCACGGAAAUGUCUCUUAUAUCGACGUGGACGACGUGUCGUCUUCACCCCCGAGACCCGGCGAAGACGGAGUUCUGGUGCAGACCACCGACAGUUAUUUGCCCGACCAAUGGGUGGCCGACUUGUUUUAUCGAGCGUUGACGAACUUUAGGAUACGGGAGGGCGUCGGUUCGUCGACCUGUCAAAACCAGACUCAAAUGUACGUCAAACAUUUGAAAAACAACUCGUACUGGGCAGUGAAAAUGUACGAUUCUUGGAGCCGAUAUCCAAACGGUAUACUAUCGGGUAGAACGCAUCACAUGGGCGUGUACAGUGAAUGCAUUGACGUGCAUCAGCCUGUUCAAGGAAAGUACUGCAUGACAAGUACAAAGCUCAGUACGGUCGAAGGUACAAAACCGGAAGACUUGAAAAAAAAGGACGAAACGGAAACUUAUGACCACGCUUGGAACGAAAUACUCGGGUUGUUCGACUACGAAGACCGAUAUCGGAGAAACGAAGUGAAAAUAGGCAUAUGCAUACCGGAAUCUUGUACCGCCUCGAAUCUCGAAACGUCGUUACAGAAAGACCUCGACAUCGUAUUUUCACCUCACCGAGUACAACCCAAAGUCAAAGUCGACCACAUGUUGUGUUCCACGGACAAGAAUAUGUACCCGUAUGAUACCGGAUAUUAUGUCACCAGUUCCAUAAUGUACUUAUUGCUGGUAAUCUGUUGCAUGUCUACAUUAAUCCACAUUAUAGUAAUGACUAUAACGAAAGAAAAUACAAAUGAUAUCUUACCAAAGUACAUAUAUUGGUUUUCGGUUAUUCAUAACGGCAGGAACUUAAUCAAACACGACAAAAACAACGAGCUGAAUGUUUUUAAUGGUUUCAAAGCAGUGACGAUGGUGAUGAUAUUAUUCGGUCAUAAAUUCAUAUUCCAUUCAACGAGUCCCAUAUUGUACACGAUGAACAAUGAAAUGAUUUACAGAAUAGGACCAGACAUUUUACUGACGAGUAUGAAUAUAGUAGACCUUUUUUUCUACAUAACUGGUUUUCUCAUGUACGUUAUGAUCAAGCCACAGCUGAUCAAACGUGGAGCCGGUUGGAUCCAGAUACCGUUGAUAAUAUUUUACAAGUACCUAAGAGUUCUACCAGCCUAUGGAGCGAUGAUGCUAUUGACGGCGUAUUUCAUACCAUAUAUGUACAAUGGCCCCUUCUGGGCGUCCAGAAUGUGGCCCGAGGCGCAAAAAUGUAAAAACUACUGGUGGGCAAAUGUAUUGGCGAUUAGUAACUUCAUAGAAGUCGACGACCAGUGUCUCAUAGUCGGAUGGUACAUUUCUUGUUUGCUGCAGUUCAUCGUCAUCGGUACCAUACUCAUCAACUUUUGUGUGAAGUAUCGAAAAAUCGGUGUGGGCGCUAUAAUAGUAUGUCUGUGCAUAUCGUUAGCCAUACCGUUUAUUUCGACUUAUGUCACUCGAUCGUAUGGCAUAGUCAGAGUGACGAUACCAUUUCUCGAGAGCCCCAGCAACUCCUACGAGUUCCGGAAUUUUUACAGGCCAUUCUACAUGAGAGGCAUUCCGUUUUACGCUGGACUGCUGGCUGGCGUUAUGGUCGAAGAAUUGAAGAAAAAGGAAAUCAAACCAUCCAAAGUAAUGUUUUAUGGUGGUGGAGAAGAAAGUUUACCGGUCACUCUAUAUGUACUGAACACUUGGUAUUGUUGUUGUCUUACAGGUCCAAUUGAAAAAUUGUUCAAUAACAGACUUGUGACGCCAUUGGGUAGAUUGUCCUACGUAGUAUAUCUGGUGAAUAUCCAGGUAAUGAUGAUAAUGGAAAAUAGACAAUCCGCGUCAGUUUCUCCCAGUAGAGAAGUAUGGGUGAGUGAGUUAGUCCGAUACGUGUGUCGCACUACAGUAAUACAGUAUGCACGUAAAACCGAAUUGUUAAUGAACGGUAAGGCUUAUUGUUUCAGUGCUGCAAACGGUAAAGACUGUGCCAAGCGAAGAAAUUCCAAAACUGAAAAUACACCGAACGAUUUGGGUUUAUAA